UGUCGUUGGCGCUCGGUCUCAGAUGGGCGUGGAGGAGCCGGAGCACUAAAGCAGGGAUUCAGCAGUCCUUUUCACACGGGGAAAUUUCCAGGGAUGCCGAGGUGAGUGAGACACGAGCGUGUGUUUAAAGCUCGACUGUUGGCUCUGGACUUCAACAACACGACUCUACUGCAAAUGCGCAAAGCGCGAUUGACGCGUGAUUUAUUGCGUGUUGCGGGCGGUGUGCUCGUCAUCUCCGCCGAUCAUCUCUCACCACCAAACCCAGAGAUUUCACCACAUAUCACCAGCACAAAUGUGAUAUCGCUGCUGUUCGGGAACAUGCGUCAGUGCUGCACCAGCGUGCGAUCGAUUUAAAGCAUGGAGCCCAAAGCCGACUGCUGCGCUUCAUCGGUGCCAAACUCCCAGUGUGAGCUCAAGCUGAACAUCUACGAGACCAUCAGCGAGGGAAAUGUCAAUCAGCUGGAGAGCUCUGCGCUGGUGCGGGCGGGCAGUGACCCGAGCUCAUACCCGUCCUCCAAACACCACAGGUUCAUCCGCCGGAGCCUGUGGUUCGCGGAUCACGACGAGCACCCGGCGGACGACUGCGCUCCCGAGAGCGAGGAGCAGAAGAAGAUGCUCAGCAUCAACCUGCGCACCAUAGUGGACCGCACUCUGGCCGUACGCUCCGGCCUACACGAAGGGUCGAGCACGGAGAGCCAGAAGGGCCAGAAAGACCUGGACAGCACCAGUGCGGAUGAGAAGGAGACGGCCGACCCUAAAGCGGAUGCGGGGAAGAUGAGCAUGAAGGCGGCCAGCGAGGAGAACGAGGAGGAUGCUGGGAUGAAGGCUAUCGCCACCUCUCCGGGAGGACGCUUCCUCAAGUUCGACAUCGAGAUCGGACGCGGGUCCUUCAAGACCGUCUACAAGGGCCUGGACACGGACACCUGGGUGGAGGUGGCGUGGUGUGAGCUUCAGGACCGCAAGCUGUCGAAGGUGGAGCGGCAGCGCUUUAAAGAAGAGGCCGAGAUGUUGAAGGGUCUCCAGCACCCGAAUAUCGUGCGCUUCUAUGACUUCUGGGAGUGUCCGCUGAAGGGCAAGAAGUGCAUCGUUCUGGUCACAGAGCUCAUGACGUCAGGAACGCUCAAAACGUACCUGAAGCGCUUUAAGGUGAUGAAACCCAAGGUUUUGCGCAGCUGGUGCCGUCAGAUCCUCAAAGGUCUGCAUUUCCUGCACACGCGCACUCCUCCCAUCAUCCACCGGGACCUGAAGUGUGACAACAUCUUCAUCACGGGCCCCACGGGCAGCGUCAAGAUCGGCGAUCUGGGUCUGGCUACGCUCAAAAGAGCCUCCUUCGCCAAGAGUGUGAUCGGUACGCCGGAGUUCAUGGCCCCGGAGAUGUACGAGGAGCAUUACGACGAGGCCGUGGACGUCUAUGCGUUCGGCAUGUGCAUGCUGGAGAUGGCCACGUCUGAAUACCCGUACUCCGAGUGCCAGAACGCCGCGCAGAUCUACCGCAAAGUCACCAGUGGAGUGAAGCCUGCCAGCUAUAACAAGGUGAUGGACCCUGAGGUGAAGGAGAUCAUCGGCGAGUGUAUCUGUCAGAAGAAGGAGGAGCGCUACACCAUCAAGGACCUGUUGAACCACGCGUUCUUCGCCGAGGACACGGGUGUGCGGGUGGAGCUGGCGGAGGAAGACGACGGGGUGAAGGUGUCCAUCGCGCUGAAGCUGUGGGUGGAGGAUCCUCGCCGGCUGAAGGGCAAAUACAGGGACGGAGGAGCCAUCGAGUUCAGCUUCGACCUGGAGAAGGAGGUUCCUGAAGCCGUGGCACAGGAGAUGGUCGAGUCUGGUUUCUUCCAUGAGAGCGAUGCAAAGAUUGUGGGCAAGUCUCUCCGUGACAGGGUGGCUCUGAUCAAAUGGCGCCGGGAGCGGACGGUGCCGAGGGCCUCUCAGGGUGGCACUGCCCCGUCCAUGCCAGCCGGGACAGUACCAGUCCUCUGCGAACCACCCUGUGUGGUGGAGCCCGAAGAGACUGAAGUGGACCAGCAUGCCCGCGUGUGCCAACUUAGUGCCAUGACUACAUCCACCACAUCUGACAGUGGCAUCGGCUCAACCGUGUACUCUGACUCGCACAGCAGUGGUCGGCACAGCGUCAUAUACCAGUCACUACAGGAUUCGGUCUCCACCACAGCUCAGGAGGGUCCACAUCAUGCACGUUCCUCUGUAAAUUACUUAAUCCGAAGACAUGAGCGUCUCCGACCCACGAGCCCUUCCUUCCUUCAAAUACCACCAGACCAAUCAGAGUCGACAGAAAGACGAAUCGAAAGUUCCGGCUCUAUGAACUUGCUAUCUGUUCCCUUGCCUGUUAUAACCCGCCGCUAUAGCGACACAUCAGUGGAAACGUCCUCUGAUACAAAGGGGGAGGAGCCUGUCUCAAUUGUGAGCAAGGGGCGUCGCCUUUCUUUAAACCCCACCCCUCACAGGCCACCGUCCCCAUGUCAGGCCUGCCUGUCGUUAUUCCUACUCGGGACUUGUGCAGAUGGAAGACAUGCGCCCUAUUCUUCACUUCUGCUUUCAGCCGCAGGGACUCGCAAGGGCUCUGUCAAUGAGACCUCUAACCUCUCCCAGCUCAACAAAUCUCUGGAGAGCAUCACAGGCCACAAACAUCAGUCUGCUCUUGCCUUUCUAAGAGCCCCGACCAAGCCAGAAAGAGGGGCCUAUCGGCCUGCACGCAGCCACAGUGACGAGGGGCCCGCCAUAGAGUCGUCUGGUGAGGAAUUGGCAUCCCGUCGGAGAGCAAGUUUUUGUAUUGGCGAAAACUCCCUGACUCAUGUGCCUGCCGUUUUGAGAGUCCAAAGUCAGGCGGCACCUUCCGUAGCUUACCCUCCUGCGUCCUCCGAGACCCCUGCACAGCCCGCCGGACAGACACUUCUGCAAGGCAUAUUGACUGCACCACAAGCCAUGAAUCCACAGCAGCUUGGGUCUUCAAGUCAGACUGCAGAGAUGAACACUCAGGCCCAUGUGUCGCAUCAGCCUGCAUUUGUGCCGCAGAGUUACCAUCCGUCCACAGCAGAGCUAGCCAAUGCACAGAUAUUUCCAACUGCGCAGCACACUGCAGUCGCAGCUAAAUCAGAAGCAGCGCUGCCUGCGGAUCAGAGUUUCCAGAGUGGAGCCUCUAGCGUGCAGCAUGUCUCAUCAGCACCUGCACAGCCUCAACACACACCUGCGAUACAUCUUUUGCAGCAAACACCUGCGAAUGCCACAACAGACGGGCAACUCCACGACUUCAACAUGCAGCAAACUGCUCCUGUGCAUCUGAGCCAGGCAGGCUCUGCACCAUCUUUCCAGCAGCUCACCAUUCAGACACAACUAAUGGACAACUGGCAGCAAAGAGUACAGUCCACGUCCAGUCUUCAUACACAACCCGUCCCCGCUCCACAGCCGGCAGCUUACCUCACACAGUUUCCUUCCCUUAACACCGCUCAGUCCGCUGGGAUUCCUCCUCCUGGAUGUGACCCGUACCCCUCCUGCUUUCCCUCUGUGCAGUCGUCCCUCACUCUGCCAGUCCCAGCAUACCCCAACAUCUCGCCAACUUCAUGUUCACAGAUAGAGAGUUCUGCGCUAACUCAGUUCCCGCACCAGUCCUCCACCUCCCCUAUACCCUCACAAUGUCCCGUCCCACCCUUCGCUGCUCCAGUGUUCUCGCCUCCAUUGCCAACAAUUCACCAGUACCAGCAGGCCUAUUCUGUGUCUCAACAACCCACUGUAAACUCCAUGGCCACUCUCUCUCAACAUUCCCACAGUCAGGCCACACCCUCUCCAAACCCCACCUCUAUGUGUGUUGGAGCCCCGCCCACUAAACAAGCUCAGCCUAUACAGGGAUCUUUGACCAGCCAAUGCCAAACUGUUCAUGUGGACCAGAACUCUUGCAUCAGCCAUAAUGCACCUCCGCCUCCCACAAUAGCGCAGCUCUCGCCUUUCAGACCCGCCCUCGAUACGUUCAGCUCUGCUGCGCCUGUGGACCAAAGCCAGGUUCCUCAGCUCGUGGGUCAAGCAUCUUUACCCAACAUUCCCAACGCAGGAGCCAGUGCCAGCCUGAGUCAGCAGAGCCUGACGGGCGGCAGUGCAUGUGGAGGAGCUCCUCCGGGCCCCGCAGAACCCUUCACUGAGGAUCAUGUUGCCGAUAAACAGGCAGCACCGGCUGGGUCCACCUAUGACAGUAUAAACUCAGAUGCCACAUCCGGUAAAGAGAUGAGCGAUGGGAACGAGGGCUCCAACAGAGCUCGCAGCGAAUCCCGAGUCCGGAAAAACCUUCGCAAGACGUCGCGCACUCGCUCCCGGCAAGACAAGAUGAACAGAUCCAAGCUCACCAUGAUCAAAGUGUGCGACACGGGAGACAAGAUGGUGGAGUGCCAACUGGAGACUCACAACCAUAGGAUGGUGACGUUUAAAUUUGACCUUGAUGGAGACGCUCCAGAGGAGAUUGCCACGUAUAUGGUUGAGAAUGAGUUUAUUCUGUUGCUGGAGCGGGAGAUGUUCAUCGAGCAGCUGAAGGACAUCAUGGAUAAAGCCGAGGACAUUCUGAGCGAGGACGCUCAGGGGGAGAAGGCCAACGUCCAGACCUCACCCCUCCGCCAGACGCCCGUCACCGCAGACUCCGGCGCACAGGGGUCAAAACCUGAGCACACGCAGUCGGACCAGCUAGUCUAUAAACAGAACGUGCUUCACACAGGAAAGCGCUGGUUCAUCAUCUGUCCCGUCGCUGAGACCACCGUGCCUGACAGAGAAGAGACGAACCCAGAGAGUUCCUCUACAUCUCAAGCGCAGGACGUCAACAGUGCCAAACCUCUGCAGACACAGCCAUCAGUGCCACAGGCAUCUCUCUCUGACAGCCCUCAGACCGCCUGUCCGCCGGGUGUUUCUAUGGUUUCUGACAUCCCAUGCUGCCCAAUGGCGCCUCCUGUGUCUCUCGAUGUCAUUGCUCAGAAAGUGGGCGAAACCCCUCAGCAGCCCGUAGCUUAUGAAGGCAGCCCGAACGCAGAGCCGUGUGUCAGCCAGACUCCAGCCGUAGUGCUUCAGCAACCCUUUGCCACGCCCACUCCACAAGCUGCUGUCAGCAUCAGCCAAUCGCAGCCUCCGAGCAUCAGCCAAUCGCAGCCUCCGAGCAUCAGCCAAUCGCAGCCUCCGAGCAUCAGCCAAUCGCAGCCUCCGAGCAUCAGCCAAUCGCAGCCUCCGGGCAUCAGCCAAUCGCAGCCUCCGAGCAACAGCCAAUCGCAGCCUCUGAGCAUCAGCCAAUCGCAGCCUCCGAACAUCAGCCAAUUGCAGCCUCCGAGCAUCAGCCAAUCGCAGCCUCUGAGCAUCAGCCAAUCGCAUCCUCCGAACAUCAGCCAAUUGCAGCCUCUGAGCAUCAGCCAAUCGCAGCCUCUGAGCAUCAGCCAAUCGCAUCCUCUGAGCAUCAGCCAAUCGCAGCCUCCGAGCAUCAGCCAAUCGCAGCCUCUGAGCAUCAGCCAAUCGCAUCCUCUGAGCAUCAGCCAAUUGCAGCGCCCGAGCAUCAGCCAAUCGCAGCCUCCGGGCAUUAGCCAAUCGCAGCCUCCGAGCAUCAGCCAAUCGCAGCCUCCAAGCAUCAGCCAAUCGCACCCUCAGAUCAUCAGCCAAUCGCAGCCUCCGAGCAUCAGCCAAUCGCAGCCUCCGAGCAUCAGCCAAUCGCAGCCUCCGGGCAUUAGCCAAUCGCAGCCUCCGGGCAUCAGCCAAUCGCAGCCUCCGGGCAUCAGCCAAUCGCAGCCUCCGGGCAUCAGCCAAUCGCAGCCUCCGGGCAUCAGCCAAUCGCCGCCUCCGGGCAUCAGCCAAUCGCAGCCUCCGGGCGUCAGCCAAGCUCAGCCUCCGGGCAUCAGCCAAUCGCAGCCUCCGAGCAUCAGCCAAUCGCAGCCUCCGGGCAUCAGCCAAUCGCAGCCUCCGAGCAUCAGCCAAGCUCAGCCUCCGGGCAUCAGCCAAUCGCAGCCUCCGGGCGUCAGCCAAUCGCAGCCUCCGGGCAUCAGCCAAUCGCAGCCUCCGGGCAUCAGCCAAUCGCAGCCUCCGGGCGUCAGCCAAUCGCAGCCUCCGAGCCCCACCCAUCAGACCCAACCCGCCACAGCAUUGCAGGCGCAGGCGGGCGAGUCCGACGGUGAAGGGCCGCCCCGACUGGAGUUCACUGACAGAACCAUAAAGACUCUGGAUGAGAAACUACGAAACCUUCUGUACCAAGAGUACCACCCAUCGCAGACCACAAGCUCCGCCUCCGAGCCGCCGGGAUCCCCGCCGCUGUCGGACAGCCAAGGCAGCGAUGGGGCCGCCAGGAACGCAGAGAAACUGCCUCAGAUUCCCGAGAGAUCUGACAGUCUCGGGACCUUGAGUGACUCCGCUGUUGCCCCGUUCAGAAAACUCCUGAGCAGAACGGACUCCGGGGCCGAAUCCGGCACGCACGCAUCCAAGAGACACUUCCAGAUUGUGCCGACUGAUUCAGACGCGUCUUCUCGUGAUGCUGGAGGAGAUCCGGUGAUGGAUCUGGAGUCUGGAUCUGAGAGCAGAAACAGAUCCUCGUUACAGUCAGCGAGCAAACGUUACUCGGCACCUUCAGACUUGUAUCAGGACACACUUACUUCCUUUCCAGAGGCCAGACCCACAAUGCCUUGCACUCGGAGCUGUCAGUCAGCUGACGGGACGAUGCAGUGCCUGUCCUCUGACUCAGGAGAGGAUGAUCCGAGCGGGUCCCCGUCCAUCAGGCCCUCGGCCCCGGCUCCGGCCCGGUCGGACUUCAUGAAGCGCGCGGUGGCUUUCCUCCGCCGCUCGGGUCACAGUAGCAGCGUGCAGAGCUCUGAUUCGCCCUCGUGUCCUGUGGCGAACGGACACGCCCCUUCGGUCGCAAGCCACGCCCACUCCGCGUACGUCAGCAGCGAUAACGACUCUGAGUUUGAGGACGCUGACAUGAAACGAGAGCUACAGAAGCUGAGGGAGAAGCACAUGAAGGAGAUCUCUGAGCUCCAGGCCCUUCAGAGAGGAGAGAUCGAGCGGCUGUAUUCUCAGUUAGGUCGGCCCGUUCCCCCCAGCGUGGGCUUCCCGCACGCAGUGCCCCCUACAGGCCGGCGCCGCAGAGCCUCCAAACACAAGCUGAAGGGAAGCCGACUGCUCAAUCCCAUGGUGCAACACCUCAGGAGCAACCGGAGCAACAGCUCAACUGAGACGUGCUCCAGUGCGUCGGGUUCUCCGGUCAAGAGCUCUGUGGGAUCCAGCACCGCCAGUCCCGUGUCGGAACCGCUGGAGCCGGUCCAAACCCAGCAGCCCUGCUCGCUCAAGGGCUCUCUGUCCUCCGACAACAUCUACAACCCCAACACACACACGCCACCCAGACAAGGCUGGACCGUUUACCACCAAACACCCGAGCGAAUCACCUAUAAAUCUAGUAGCAAACCGCGCACUAGAUUCCUCAGUGGACCCGUGUCUAUGUCCAUCUGGUCCACUCUGAAACGACUAUGUCUAGGGAAAGAGCGCAACAGUAGGUCUCAUAACGCUGGAGCUUCAUCAUCAUCAUCAUCCGCAGCCGUGCCGUCUUCAUCGCCUCGGCCAAUCACGGCGCUCGUCCAGGCUCAAGCCAACAACAGCAACAACAAGACUGGCACAUUCACUGACGACCUACACAAGCUGGUUGAUGAUUGGGCGAAAGAGACUCUUGCCUCCGCCCCUCAGCUCCGCCCCUCUGUGUGUCAGAUCAGACCGCAGAGAUCGCAUCAGUCCUUCCAGACCAGCCACACCGCAAUGGCCAGAGUCCCCAAUCAGGUACCAUAUGAGAUGAGAGGCUCAAUCCCUGCGGCGGCUGUGAAGCUCCAUCUACCCCUGUCCUGCCCGCUGUCGGCAGCUCUGGGUCCUCACGGCAUCACCAGCGGCCCGGCGCCCGUCAUCCAGCGGGGCGGAUACCUGAUGCCCGCCGCCCCCUUCGCUGGGAUGAUGCCAGCUCCUGUGUAUCCACACCAGUGGCCCGGUUUGCCCAGUCCAGUGGGAAUGUUUGGCACGGCCGUGAUGGUCCCGUAUCCGACCAUGGCCAGCCCGGCACUGCAGACGUUUCCUCUGGUGGUCAAAAGCCCAGACGCCCCAAUGUGCCCCAGCAAAGCCAGGACUGCAUGAGCGCUUCAAACUGUGUUCUGCGUAAGGCGAAUCAAUGCAGACGGAUAAUCACGCAGACUCAACUCGUUUUUAACUUCAGGAUCAACCACAAUCUCUCCUCCGUGUGUGUGUGUGCUUUAGAUCGUGGAUGGUGGACGGACGCGUCUGUACAAAGCCUUUGAGCCUGUAAAUAUGAGGUGUGUGUGUGUGGGCAUGAGGAGUGUGUUGAUGUCUCAAUCCAGUCCUGUGGGCGCCGCUUGCACGUUUGUCUGUUUUCAACUUUUAGCUCUUAUGUUUGAAUAUGAAUUGAGGAGUUGUUAGUGUAGACCUUAUUCAGAGCAGCGCCAUGACAGGUAUGAAAGUGAGGGAUAGACUUACCGUGUUUCCAAUGGCAU